AUGGUUGGAUGUCUUAGAUAUCUCUACAACACCAGGCCUGAUUUGAGCUAUAGUGUUGGAGUGAUAAGCAGAUACAUGGAGUGCCCUAGAGUAUCACAUUUGAAUGCUGUCAAACGGAUACUGAGGUACUUAAAGGGUACACACUCGUAUGGAAUUCUGCUGAGAAGAGGAGAGACUGGAGAAGAAGUACAAAUUACUUCUUACUCAGAUGCAGAUUGGUGUGGAGAUAAGACAGACAAAAGGAGCACGGCAGGGUAUAUUUUCUUUAUGGAAGGAUAUCCUAUUUCCUGGAGUUCUAGAAAGGAACCAGUGGUUGCCUUGUCAUCUUGUGAGGCAGAAUACAUAGCUUCCUGUGAAGCUACUUGUCAAGCAACUUGGCUGAGAUUCUUGUUAGAAGGACUGAAGAUUGAACUAUCUGAGAAGAAGGUCAGCAGCGGGAAACUGGAGGUUGUACACUGCAGAUCCGAAGAUCAACUAGCAGAUAUACUCACCAAAGCCCUUAAAGGUGAACGCUUUCUGAAACUCAGAAAGCAGAUCGGGAUGGUGCAAGCUGAGAUCAUCGAAGAUCACAACAGAAAGGAGUUGAAAACUUAG